CCAGACCCUCCAACGCUCGCGAGAGCCCCGUUUGCCACGUUCCAAAGAGCUGGCGAAAAACUGGAGAACAGAACUGCUCUCGGGCGGUUGCGUGGCAGCCGCACAGCUCGCAUUCUGGAGAGGCGGAGAAGAAAGUUGGCACGCCCUUCUUGGAGGAUUCCUUUUUGAUUGGUUGGAGAGGGCCAUCACUCACCACCCCCUAGGUGGGCGGAACCAAGGUGUAGGGGCGGAGCCUGUGCGGGGCGGGACGGCUGGGUUCCUGCACGCCGGCGCGCGCACACCCUUGGACUGAGCCCGAAUUUCUGCACGCGAGCGGGUGGGCGCGCGCGCACUCAGGACGCAGGGAGGGAAGAAAACCGUGUGCUCUCGGGUAGGACCAGUUCUACCCCCAACAGCCCCGGGCAGCGCGCGCCAUGGCCCCAAGGAAGAAUGCGAAAGGCGGUGGUGGCCACAGCAGCAGCAGCCCGGGCGGCAGCGGCGGCAGCAGCAGCAGCAACAGCAGCAGUAGUAGUGCGGGAGGUAGCCACAGCAGCAGCAGCAACAGCAGCCCGGGCUCCCGCAGAGGUCAGUGCUUCUCUCGGGAGGGGGGUGGGGAGAGCUGCGGGAGGCAGUCGGGAUGGAGCCCCGCCCCUAUCGACCAGCGCUGGAGGAGGAGCGAGAAGGAGGAGGCAGUUCCCACCCCCAGACCCCCAGACCCCCAGACCCCCAGACCCCCAGACCCCCAGACCCCCAGACCCCCAGACCCCCGGGCUGCGGCCUCUGAAAGCCUCGGUGUCUCCGCUAACGAGUCCUGGAUGACUCGCAGGAGACCCAGUGAGCUGGAGAAGGUGGGGAAGAGAGCAGCUCUUCUGGACGAACUGUGA